CAGGCCUUACUUUGUAGCAAGACAAAAUGAGGCAGCAAAGAAAGAAAUGGGCGUACAGUUAAUGCACUCCCUGACUAGAGAUAGACUGAAUUUCUGUUAGAAUGGCGUCUCAAGCAAGUGCUGACAGCAGGUCUAGGCCACAAUGGCUCAAACGGAACAGGGUCACUACUGUGAAGUGUAUCAUAGGUGGGUUGGUGUACAGUUGCCCUAUAGGUCUUGCAAAUAAUAGCUUGGCUAUGUCAUGCAUUGUAAUGAUGUAGAGGGUGAGUAUUUUUCGCGUUCAGCUAGCUAGGUCUGUAGCAAUGGAUAUAGUGUUCACUCCCUGACUCGCACCAGUAUAAUUCAGUUAUGAUUUUGUAAUUACUCACUCCACGCAAGUUCAUCAGCCACUAAGGGGAUGUUGGCGACCACUCUCGAGGCUCAGAAAGAAGAGAAUGAAGUGUCUAAAACUGUCUCUGAUGACUCAGACACAGACUCAGAGAUGGACACUUACGACCAAACAACACAUAGAAAAACAGAGAUUGCCAAGAUGUGUCUGAUAGCACAACGUACCAUCAUCAAUAUGAAUGAAGACGAUCAGAAGAAGAACGCUCUAAUGGACUAUGUCAGGAGGGUGUUCCCAGUGUCUGGUAAAUGGGAUGAGCUGCUCACAGCAGCCAAGGCUGACAAAAUCAGUGAAUGGAAGGUCGUAGUGACUGUGUUGAAAGCAACAGGGCUACCAGCAAAAGAUUUAAAUGGCUUUAGUGAUCCAUACGUGAGGUUGGGUAUAAUCCGAGCAGAGAGCAGGAACAAGCAGUUGGUCAAGAAGCACAAUCUCCCUGAUUGGGACAGAGAAGGGUUGGUACUAGGCAAGAUACACCACACCUCUGUCAUCGAGAAAAACUUGGACCCAGAAUGGAACGAGCAAAAGGAAUUGAAAUUUGAAAAUGUGACUAGUGAGGUGCUGGUUCUAGAAGUGUGGGAUAAGGGCAGUAAAGUUCCUAUUGACGCGAGAAGUGGGAAGAUCACAGAGUUCACUAUCAAAGGAUUUGAACGUUUCUUUCACAACAUUGUGGUCAGUGAUGAUUACAUUGGACGAGCUUUCCUACCUCUGUCAGAUAUCACACAUAAUGGGGGGGAGAAAAUACUUAAAUUGGAAUCUCACUCGGGUCACCAUGACGACAGAGGCAUGCUACAUGUACUGCUCAAUAUAGAGUCUGAACAAAGGAACCUCAGGGAUCACGAUAACCCCCUCUCGGACCACCGGCUGCUAUUGAGGGGCCUGGUGAAUGCUGACAGUCGCUCAGAGAGUGGACGAUACAAGAGGAACUGGGACGGUGUGCUCUCUACAGAGGCUGAUGAGCUGCUCAAGAAUCACAGCUUCAUGAUCUCCAUGAGCGACCUGCAAAGAUCAGCUAUUCAGCUCAACGUUCUCAUCCACUACCAUCGUAGGUUUCAAGUCAGUAUCAAGACAUUUCUAUUUCUACUGGUCACCAUCCGGGAUCAAUACGACCUGAGUACAAAGGUCAACGCUCCAAGGAUACAAGAGGUAGAGGCAGAGGAAGAUAUUGAUGACAAUGAUGACACGAGUUCUGACCAGACGAAUGCACAGGAGGAGUGGGAGAAGGACCUUUGCUACGACCUGGUAGAGCUACUGGGUAACCUGAUAUUCAUUCUCAAGUUCCACAUCACAAACUUCAAACUCAACGAUGUCAGCAAUGGCUUGAGUAAUGACGAAGAUCACGAAACACAGGAGAGCAUCAGAGGAAAACACUACCAAAAAUGCACAUUCACUACGUACAUAAAAGUGGCGGAGGAGCUCUCUCGUAUUGCCCCUCUGGUCCAGUGUCUUGCAGAGGAUGAUAAGACAGUGUCAUGUCUGGUAGCCCUGGCUAUUCCUCUAGCUGCUUCUGAUUGGUUCAUUGCUACCAAGCCAACCACAGAAGAUGGUGUGCAAAUGCAGUUGGCUAAGGAUCUUGAUGAGCUGUGCAGCUCCACUCAUUACAUGUGUGGUAUUGCCUUGUGGAAAAUAGCCCCUCUCUUCAAGAAGGAUAAGAGUGUGCUGGAUAUUGAGUACUUCUCCCACUUCUACUUGUCCAUUGAUGCCUUGCUCUCUGAUUUCGUGAGAACUCGACUGGGACAGUUUGUAGCGGGGAAUGAUAAAGAACCUCCUGAGUACAGCACUAUGGUGAAGGUGUACUCCUCCUAUCGUUCUGUACGGAGCAUUGUUGCUCUCGCAGUUCAACCAAACGUGGAUUUGAAACUUGUGAAUCCUGCCAAGAUCUAUUUGGCCUCUUACCAUGAUUGGUACAAACCUAUUGUACCCAUUCUCAUUGAAUCAGCUUCCAGUGAUUGUAAGGAGAGAAUCAAGAGAGCCAUUGCUGACAGUCAACCAGUGCCGAUAAGUGAUGAGGUCAAAUUGUCCUCUUCUGUUUGUGAUUCGUCCGAUAUUUUGUUUAUUUUGUUCCGAGUGAGGGAUGAUCUUAAAUGGCCGGUCACUAGUGAGAUGUUGAACUUCACCAAGCUCAUAAUGCAAGAGGUGACAUCGUGUGCCCUGUUCUAUGUCCAACACACCUCUGAGCAGAUGAAGGACGAGUAUGCCCUGGACGAUCAAGAGCUGGGCGUGACCUUGAACGAUAUGUAUCACAUGAGCACUGUGUUUGACGAGUGGCCGGACAUUAUUCCACACCUCACUGAGGAGGAAACAAAAGACAAAACAAAUGCUCAACACAUUGAAGAUAUCAACGGUGUAAUGAACGCAUUCCACUCGACAGUUGCCAUUGAAUUAUCACGCAUCAUUAAGAACAUUGCUGACAAGGUUCGACCAGAGAUAAAGAGAAAUCUUCAAGAGCUGUUGAAUGCAGAGCACAUUGUCCUCCCCAGCAGCUACGACAAUCUCAAUGAAUUGGGGCCUAUUUUGCCGCUAGUGAGCUACCUUGGUAACACUCUGACUGCCCUCUCUAACUACCUGGUCACUGAUGUGCUCCUCUCUGUUUUAGGAGAUAUUUGGAAAGUUUCCAUGGAGGCAAUUUCCCUGUGCAUUGAGUCUAUCACAGCUGAGGAGAAACCCAAUAGAGUGGGACUGCACGAGCGUCUCUAUUACUCACUAAUGAUGCUCAAGCACUUCAACUAUGAUAAAGGACGUGGACUACCUUAUAAGGAUCUAGAGAAUGAAGAGUACACUCAUCUUGUUCAUGAAUUGAACAUUCUUCGAGCAGCAACUCAAAACUUGAUUGUCCAGUUCUUGUCUGCCGUGGGUGACUUACAGUCGACACAAGUCAGCGGGAAAUUGGGGACGAUAUUCGUGAGCACGACUUACCUUCGAGAUAGUGGCUCAGUUUCAUUGGAGAUGAUUCAAGCAGUUGACUUACAAUCAGAUUCAAGAGUCUCUCAAAACUGUGCUUGCUUCCUGACCUUCAACCCAGUUAUAGAGGUCAGCCUGGCACCAGAAUGGCUCUUCCCAGGACUACUGAGCAAGAAAACACGUACAAUCAGAAACAACAACAGCCCCGCAAUCAACGAAACAUUUAACUUUCCAAUGGCAGAAUAUCUCUUGGCUCAAGAUGGACCUUCUAUUAUCUUCAAAGUCUACAACCAGAGCUACGGGAAGCACUACAUUGGAAUAGGCAUCAUCCCUUUGAAGCAAAUACCCGUACAAACUUCAGCAUCAGAGGAUUUUGGAACGUUGGUACCGACUGAACCCACGGAUGAGUCUAAGAUACCAACACAAAGUAAACCAGAGAGUGACACCCAAACUUCAGUGCCAGCUAAAGCUGAAACUUCCGACCUCCCUAGUGAUUCUACACCACCUAGUGAUUAUCAUGAUGGUGAGGCCAGUAGUAAAGGGCAACAAAGAGAGAAAGAGAAGAACAAAUCCGUGCUCCUAUUUGUUUGGCAAGCUGAUGACAAUGACUUGGUGUUCAAUGAGUUAAAGAAAAGGGCAAAGUUGAAAAACUCGGUAGCAGUUCAGUUUCUGAAGAGACAUGCAGUCAAUUUUAAGACUUGAUAUUUAGCUAUAACUGAUUUUAUACAUGUUUUGAUCCAUUUUUAUGAAUAAUUAUCUUGUGACUUCCACAAUUAUUUUAAAAACUCAAACACAGUUAUUAUUGAUAAAGUCUAUGAAAUUGCACAAUUUUAUUUUGCAAAUAUAUCACAUCAUA